GAGACGAUGGCUGCAACGAUGAAGGGUCCUGUGGGAGUUGAAGAUGUCAAUGUCACUUUCGAGGACCAGCAGAAGAUCAACAAGUUUGCCAGGAGCACGAAUCAAAUGACAGAGCUCAAAAAAGAAAUUGAGUUAAAAAAGAAAUCAUUGCAGAACUUGCAGGAUGCUGGCGAUGACCUAAUGAUGUUUGAUGACGACUCGCUGUUGAUUCCAUAUCAAAUUGGCGAUGUAUUUAUCAGUCACACGCAAGAAGAAACGCAAGAGAUGCUUGAGGCUGCUAAGGAGGAAUUGGAGCAAGAGGUCAAAGAACUUGAAGAACGCGUGUCGGCCAUCCAGAAGCUCCUGUCAGACCUGAAGGUGCAGCUCUACGCAAAGUUUGGCAACGACAUCAACCUGGAAGCGGACGAAAGCUGA